UGGCUAGCUAGGUACAUUCAACAAGUAUUCAACAACGCUCUACACGGUACCUGAAUGUUGGGUACCACAGCGGAUACCGGUACUAGGCCGAAACAACGAUCCCUCGAAAAAUGCAUGAACUUUUUGACUAGCUAUCUAGACUUACCAACAUGCACCCGACGCGGCGUUCUACGUUUCGGCCCAACAACCACUGCAAACAUCUCGUUCGGUUGAAUGAUUGAAUGAUUCAAUCAUUUGCAAUCUCAUACUACCAUACCGGUACUGCGCGUAGCGUCUGUUGAAGAUUUGCCUGGAGCCUAGAUGCGAGAGCCCUACUGAAGGUGACUUCUCUCUGCCUUCUGGCGGUCUGAAAAGGAAGGAGACUUUUGUAGUUGGUUCGAGAGACAGAUCGAGCAGAGUCCAAAGAUUUCACACCCUCUCAACGAUCGGAGGGCAGGGACAGUCUUCAUUCGUGUACUGCCAUGGAUCUUUUUGCCAUAGAUUCGAUCGCAAGCAUUGCUGCACGGAACGUCAAACCAGUCAAAUGAUUCAUCCUUGGCGGUGGAGUGAGAGUUUGGUUCGAGCAGGUGCGGGUAUCAUAUCCCUCAUCCAACAACUUGGGAGCUAAAUCCGCUUGUAGAUCACUGUUGAGCUACUGUUGUUGGUGCAGGAUUUGAGGCAAUUUGUUUGGUGGAAACCGCAUGGUCGUACCUGUAGCCAUUCUUGAGUGACACUGGUUAAUUCGUUCAUGAUAUUUACCGAGCAAGGAACAAGAGGCUUGCUAAAACAACCUUCUUCCUUCUCAUCCAUGCAUGGGGAGUCCUGCAGACUUAGUCAACGAUCUCAGAAGAACAGCACAAAAGAACCGCUGAAACACCGGGAUAGUGGACAAGCGGGGCGGGCGCAUGCACGGUGGAGCUGCCGCCAACCAACCAAACGAUGACUGUGCUGGUUCAUGCUUCUUCUUUCAUUCGUACCAAGCUGGUCUCAUCCUCUCCAAACAAUGCACUCGGGCCAGAUGAUAACUCUGGAUCAAUCUCUCUUGUGGACUGUCACUCCGGACUCGGAUCGCUUUUCGUCCCGAGGCUUUCUCAUAAUUUCAAUCCCAACCAGCAAAACAACCAACCACAACAACCACCAACAACAAGAAAUAAGCGAAGCUACCCACGGCAAGAACUAAAGUACAGCAACACAAACACACAAACAGCAACAAUAUGCAACAACCUCACUUUGCAAGCCAAAUUACACAGGCGUACUCCGUUUACGUCAAUCCUUACGGAAUGAGACGGCUAUCUCCCGGAUUCCAACCAGGGUCUUUCGAUGUCCUGUGUGCUCGGGGAAAGCUUGCAUACGACCAUGAAGGGAACAAACGAUUUCGAGCUCUUGUCAAGCAACAUCAAAAGCAGUACUCGGCCGCUACCUGCAAGUACGAAAAGUCCAAAAUUGUGUCGUUCAUUGUGUCGGCAGUACGAAACGCAUCUCCACAAGGAGGCUUUGUCAAGAACAUUGACGGAGCUUGGUUUGAAGUAGGAGAUCGACAUGCCAAGGAAAAGGUCGGACAGACAUUCAGAGAUCUGUUGCACAACAAAUAUAGCAGUUCCACCAAAGCCAAGGCUCGAGCUCGCCUCCAGAAGCGAAGGAAGAGUGAACCUGAACAGAUGGAAGAAGAAGAAGCAGAAGUCAAGCAACAGCCACAAAAGAAGAGGAAGUCUGCACCAAAGCCACCGCAAGCAGUCACAUCUCGAAGUCCCAUUUCAGGCGCGGAUGAUGUCCGCAGUUCCGUAUCAGUAGUCUCGGAAAACUCCAUGGAAACGGAUGGGGCUGACAACACCACUUUACAUCACCACAACUACACCACCAACCCUGAUCAGGAGAUGCCACCGCUCAGAUCCGUGGUGGUCACCAAGAAAAAGACGAACAAGGGCAGCAGCAACCAAAUCGUUACCCCACCUCAAGCACAGCGCGUUGCAUCCCUCAACUUGAUGGAUACCCUCCGGAGUAGCAUUCAGACCUUUGAUGGUCGGGACUCCACCGGCACAAGACCACCCUUCCUGCAACAUCCUGGGGCACCCUUUGGCUCGUCCUACGCAUCGGCUGGUGCUAUUGCUAGUACUAGAUCUGGUCCCAUGAUGGAAGUUGCAGUCUCCGACAUGGAGCCAUUGCCUUUGGGACAAGGUGCCACUGUGAAGGUUGAUUUCAACGAAUCGAACAGUUCCAUGCAAUCAGAACAAUCGUUCGAGGAUGUCAUGAGUGAAUUUUGUCAAAACAUGAGUGUUCCUGUCUAAAAAGAACAAGCUAAGAAAAGACCCAAGCUGAUCAGGUCGGUCUGUGGAUCAGGAAGGGAGCAAUAAAAAGCGCAACUACUCGUACAAAGAAAAGAUAAAGAAAUAACUAUAGAUAGAUGUCGGUGGGAUCGUUGCUAGCUACAGCUGCUGUUCUUUGAUAGUCUAGUUUUUGCUAUAACCAA